CUGACUGUGAACACACCACACACCCGAUGAUAUUAAGAUCGGGACCUAAUUCCCGAAAAUCUGCAGGCAAUGCAGUGGUGUGUGGAGUAAAUACAGUGAUGCUACACAACAAGCAGACUUGAAUGAAAAGCUACCUGGAAAUCAUAAACGGCAGAUAGAUUUCCUGUCGCACAUGUGGCAGUCAAGAGAGAGAGCGUGUGAUUACGUCAUCCCCUGGCUAAUAGAACACUUCACUGACAUUCAGAAGAUCUAUUGACAGCUGUUCACUGCAAGGAUGGAUGAGUUACAGGAUGUGCAGCUGACCGAGAUUAAACCCCUCCUGACAGAAAAAAAUGGCCGUAAUUUUCAGGAUUUCGACUGUCAGGAGCAUGACAUCGAGACCCCCCACGGUGUUCUCCAUGUCACUCUGAGAGGAACACCUAAAGGCAACCGCCCUGUCAUCCUUACAUACCAUGACAUUGGCCUUAACCAUAAGUCAUGCUUCAACACUCUUUUUAACUUUGAGGACAUGCAGGAGAUCACACAGCAUUUUGCCGUGGCUCAUGUGGAUGCUCCAGGCCAGCAGGAGAACGCAGCACCUUUCCCUACUGGGUAUCAGUACCCUAUGAUGGAUCAGCUAGCUGAGAUGCUGCCCUCAGUCAUGACCCACCUAAGGAUCAAUAGUGUGAUUGGGAUCGGUGUUGGUGCUGGAGCCUACAUACUCACCAGACUGGCACUGAAUCACCCUACACUGGUAGAGGGAUUGGUUCUUAUUAAUGUGGACCCCUGUGCAAAAGGAUGGAUGGACUGGGCAGCCUCAAAGUUGUCGGGUUGGACCAGCAACCUGGUGGAUAUCGUGAUGGCACAUCAUUUCAGCACAGAUGAGCUGACAGAGAACCAGGAGAUCAUCCAGACAUACCGUCUGCACAUUGCUCAGGACAUGAACCAGGACAACCUGGCACUGUUCUGCAACUCCUACAACAGCCGCCGAGAUCUAGAGAUUGAGAGGCCCAUCGUAGGGCUUAAUGAGGAAACUGUCAACACUCUGAAGUGUCCUGCGUUGCUGAUUGUGGGUGAUACCUCUCCAGCUGUGGAGGCCGUUGUUGAGUGCAACUCGAGGUUAAACCCCACAAAGACCACCCUUCUGAAGAUGGCAGAUUGUGGUGGGCUGCCCCAAGUUGUACAACCUGGUAAACUUGCUGAGGCCUUCAAGUACUUUGUCCAGGGCAUGGGUUACAUCCCCCAUGUGCUCCUCAGCCAUCUGAACAGCGAAGCAGUGCCCACUGCCAGUAUGACGCGUUUGGCACGCUCUCGUACCCACUCAGCUUCCAGCAUGAACUCCGUGGAAGGCGCACGUAGCCGCGCUCACAACAACUCCCAGCCGGAGGGCGCUGCUGCCAGCCCAGGUCAUGACACCCAAGCCAGACCACAAACCAUGGAGGUGUCCUGCUAAAUGUGAUAAAACCGCCUCUAAUUCUGUAUCGUUAUGCCACAUUCUCUCACAUAUCUUUCUCUCAUAAUCCUGGAACCAGUCUUCUGGUGUAAUGAAACGAUGCAAGGUACGACUAAUGAAAUACAUUCACAAUCUGUACACACUUGGUUUUUAUUCAAGUCUUAAUCAGGUUCUGAUAUGAUGAUGAUGAUGGAGGAUAAGUCUCUUGGAUGGAUGGAUGGAUAGAUAGAUAGAUAGAUGAUGUCUCUUGGAUAGAAGGAUAUCCUGCUCUUUCAUACUAUAGAGAAGACCAAACCGCGUCUCUGCGUCCAUCCGCUCAUCCCAUCAGGUUUUUGCGCAGCAUCAUAGACUUGUAUUUUAUUUAAAUUUUUUUCCCGUUGACCACAGCUUUCCGUUCUGUCGAUAUUCUGUGCUUUGUGAAAAUAUCAGCCUCCAGAUUGCAGAAUAGUUGUUAAGCCUUGUUUUCCUGUACAUUCUCACAACAAAAAAAAAUCUACUGAUAAGCAUGUCGUUUUUAAUGUAACUUAAUGGAAGUGUACAUUUUUUGUUUCCGACGUUUCGAAUACUGUAGACCUCAACCACCCAUGGGGUAACUUUGCACUGUAACACAGACGUAUUGAGAUAUUUCAACCAGAACACAGUUUUUUCUGGCAUUAGCUGCCUUUUCAAUAAACUCUAGGUAAAAUUCCAGAGAAUGACCUGGGCAGAACAACCAACUUUGCAUACACAUUAGUCUCUGAAGCCUGUUGAGGAGAGGAAACCGGAGACAUGGUCAUUGAUUAGUGAAUUUAACUAUACGCUCCCUGCAAAACAUAAAUACUGACAAAGAGGGUAUGGUUUUAACUUAUUCCAUCCUUCCUGUACAGUGGAUAGAUAUUCCAGUUUACUUGAAACCUACUGAUUACUUCCUCUAUUAGAUUUUGUAGCUAUAUUAUUAUUAUUAUUAUUAUUAUUAUUAAUAUAAAUACUAUUGCUAUAAUGGUUCCUUGAAUGUGUAUUCAUUGUUGCUCUAUGAUUGUACUGCCUUGAGUGAGCUUGUGACAUCAGGCUUUGUCCUCCCAGCAUAUAGGGGGCACUAUACUUCUGCUGAGUGUAUUGAUUUGUACUAAUUAAUAAAGUUAGAGGUUAUACAUAAA